GAAAAAGGGAGAGGGGGAAAAAGGAAGAGAGUAAAUGGAUGAAAGUAAAGAGCAAGAGCGAGAGCGAGAGAGGAAACGGAGAGAGAAUAAGGCCUGGCAUACAUGAAGGGUGAAUACAGAAAUGGAGUAACUGAAAAAGGGGAAAAGGGGAUCGAUCGAUUGGCUGAUAGCAAUGGAGGACAUGAGACUAGAGUGGAAGCGAGAGCGACUCUCUGCGAUGGCUCGACGAGGGCUCGAUCUCGACGACACGACACGCGCGUCGACGAGUGCAACGAGAAAUCGGCCAAGAGGACGUGAAAACGGGCGGUGAAGGUCUGGCGCGGAUGUGCUGGCACGAGUGCUGGUGCUGGUACUGGUGCUGGUGCUUAAUGCGAUAAUCGCCAGUGAUGACAAUGAGACGGCAUCUACGCGUACUCCGAUGAGAGCUUUCUCCAUAUUAUCGUGGUCUGAGCGCUCAAAAAUGGCAUCAGGUUUGCCGAGUGUUCAUCAAAAGAAGCUUGGACCAGCGCCGAUAGCAUCCUUCGAAGACUUAUCCGAGGAAGUGGAAAACGGAGAAUCGGCGGCAGCGGCGGCGGCGGCGGCGGCGGCAGCAGCGGUAGCGGCAGGGCGAAUGCCGGGUAUCGUCGAGGUCACCACACCGGCAACGCCUGGUAGUUCGCUCAAAACGCCUAGCACGCCACGAAUUGAUAUCAGUAGAGCAAGCAGUUCUUCGCAUCAUGAGGAUAGUAAUUCCAGGGAUUCGUCACCUGAACGAGAACUUCUCGCAGGUGCUGAUCCUCCGUCCGGUUGUAAGCUGACCCUGGGCUACAAGGAGGACGCUCAAGAUCUCAGAUCUUCUACAGAGGAGCUGGAUCUACAGGAUCCCGUCCACGAACAGGAUCUCAGACGGGAGUCUAAAAGGCGAAAGCGAAAGGAGACCGAUGGAUCCCAAUCGGAUUACAGUGGCAAGCAGCUGCAGGGUCAGGAUCGUGAACGCAAAGACAGUAACUGCUCGGAGAUAUGCUUGCUCAACAUCAGCGGUAGAACGUCUAGACUAUCAUCGGUUGGUAGCCAAGGCUCCGGCGUCUCCGGGAAGCUGUCAGUCAUGUCGGCGACUUCCUCCAGAUCUCCCAGUCCUCACAAAUGUCUACUGGAGACAUCGUUCUGCGGAAACAAGCCAACGCUGGUUGACAAUCUGAUAGAGCCGUCGAAACCGGAGACCGAUGAUCUCGAGAAGAUACUCUUGAAGCGAGAGGCCGAUACUACGAAGGCGUUGAUUCCCGAGAGUAUUAAGGUGCCUAUAGUAGGUGGCAACCUGAAGCCAGAUCCGUUGGACAAGCCCAGAAGACGCGGUCGUGAGGAGCGGAAGGAAAUCUUUAAACGAGAAGUGGAAAUCACCAAAAGAUUUCUGGAGAAAGUUAAUAUAGAGGUACCGAUCAUCAAAAAAUCGAGCGAACAACAAGGAUCGAUACUAGAACAACAGCAUUUACAACAACAACAACAACAACAACAACAACAACAACAACAACAGCAAUAUCAAUCAACAAAGAUUCAAAUCCAGGAAGUUCAGAAACCCGCAACACUCGAUUUCAAUGACAAAAGAAAGAAAUCUCAAAACUUUAAGGAGAUUGUACAGACGACGCCUACAACGAGUAGCCUCACCGGAAGUCCUAAAUUGCCGAGACAUCAAAAAAUCCGUGAUCUGGAAGGCUCACGAACGCCCAGUCCGUCGUCCGUGUCCAGAAAAAGUAGUUUUGCUUCAUUGUUCAAGACUAGAACCGACGGUAACGUUUUGAGUCCGGAGUCACCAUCAACAAGUACAAAACCACGACGAAGUCUGACGUCGAAAUUGAAGGACACUACGGAGAGUUUGAGAAGUCGUUCAAAGUCACGUGAGAGAGUCUCCAUCGAUAAGAGUUCAAUCUUGAAAAAGGACUCGAAGAAUAAAGGAAUGUUUUCAUCUACGCUGAGCUUGUUCAAGAAACGAGAGAGGAAGAAGAGUUACGAUGAGGCAAUCGCGGCCUCGUGCGACCUCGAAGUCGCUAGUGGGGACGAACAUCCGUCUCUAGAGAGCAUCGGUCAUGUGGAGUUUACAUUCAAUAUGGAAAAGGAAAAAAAUCGUCAGGACGAUUCGAUCUUCAUUAGUUUGCAUGCCGAUGACAGAAAUUAUGAGGAAGCCUUACCGUCGGAGAGCGUUUCGAUACCGUUGGAAACGCCGACUAAACUACUAGAUGAAUAUGAGUCUGAGGGGCCGCAUACGGGUAGCAUUAUCACAGAGGUGUCGAUCGAGCAUCAUCCAACGCUGCCGUCAUCGAUCGCUAAGAUUAGGACCGAGGCGCAGAUCGAAACGGUUACAGUUACGGCAGCGCAGACCGCAUCCAGAAGUUCGUCCAGAGAUACCCGGCUUCCACAGAGCGCCUCAAAAGACUUGCACAUACUGAAUAGUUCCAAGAUUAGUGCGCAAGCUAUCAAAACAAUCGAAACGCCACCACCAGCCAAGUCAUCGAUUAUAGCUAAACCAGAUAUUAAACUAGAAAUCAAAUCGGAAAUUAAGUCGACAGAUUUGCAAAUAUCCAGCGGUUUGUUGAGAGAAUCGACUGGCAAAAAGUCGGACGUAACGAAGCCGAAGAGAAAAAGCAAAGAGAAUCAACAGCAACAGCAGCCAGAAUUAUCCGAGAGAAUAAACGUCGAUGUAAUGAUGCAGCAGAAAAGGAGCUCAGCAGAAUCUUCUCGAGUUGCUAAAGAAACUAAAAAACUCGAUGACAAGAUCGGUAAAUCUCUAGACCAGGAAGAUCUAGUAAAAACGCCCAGUGUAAUAUCUGAUCUGGAUCACAACAGUUCCGAAUCCGAGAGAGAUUCGGAAAUUGAGUUUAUUCGUAAUAAGGUCGAGAAAUUGACCGAGGAGUUGCCGGAUGAGCGAAAAGGUCUCUUCUACGAAGAGAGUUUUGAGGAGGAUCUUCCAUAUGUACCGACAACUUUGCCAUUAGAAAAGAGCGUCGCUGUACCUAUUCUGCCAGUUAAACAACGACUUCAGGAAGUAAGGACGAUUCCAAUCGAGAGACCGCGUUCAACGACGCCAAUAAAUCCGACCCUGCUGGACGAGUUUGUAAUGCAGACAUCAUUGGACGAGCGGCGUGUGGAGCGGAUGAAAAUAUCUCUCCCGCGAGAAGAUAGCUUUAAGCUGAAGAGCCCGCGGCGGCAAUAUACCAGUACAGCGAAUACGUUCACCGAAUUUGCGGGCAAAGUGCCACCGGAUGGUGGCCGCAAAGGCGCUACCAAUCAAGGAAAAUCACCUAGUCCACCUCCACUGCCACCGAGAGCAUCAGCAGCGGCAGCAACAACGGCAGCGGCAGCGGCAGCGGCGGCAGCAGCAGCAGCAGCAGCAGCAGCAGCAGCAGUAACAGCAACAGCAUCAUCAUCAGCAUCAGCAUCAUCAUCGUCAGCGACAGCAGUAGUGCGGCCGAGCAAUUGGAUCAACUUCGAAGAGAUACCGGAGAAGCGAAAGGCACCGAAACGGAUACAGACGAUACCGCGGCCAGAGGACGAGAUCGCAAAGACUAUCAGCGGUGGUUACAACUACGUGCAACCGGAAGAGUGCAAGUGCGAGUGCCACGAGGAGUCUAGGCGAGCGUCCAUGCGGGAGGCAGCGGCGGCGGGAACUUCCUCUUGCAGCAGCAAUGGCGAGCGACCGUGCAAUGGUGAAAAUUGCACGGCGCCGACUACCGGCGGUGGUAGCUCGGUCGACCGCGCCAGUAUCGUCAGUGACAGUUCGCUGGAGUGCUCGCUGAGCCUCGACGAUGGCCAGAGCACGCAGGUGCUUCUCGGCAACUCGGCGAAACCCUUCGCAAUGGAUCUCGACGUGCAUUCCAACAGGUCGAGCAUCAUAUCGCAAGAGGAAAACGACGAGAAUCAGCACCAAUAAUAAUAAUUGUAAUAAUAAUACUCGCAUAGCGCACCUUCACGCCUUAGGAUCUUUGGAUUUUCCUUCUCUAAAUGUAUAGAAAGAUGAAUCCAAGUUCCUCUGCUACGAGUCAAAGGGCGAUUCGAUUCCGAAAGAGACGUGCGUCGCGUUUUCGUCGCAUUUUCUUUCAGAAAAGUUUUCAGAAAGAUUGAACGAAUGAUAUUACAAUGGCAUUAGUUUUAUACACUUUUCGGUAGGUCAUAGCGGUUGCACGAUAAAAUUUCCGAUAAAAUUUUGAAAGCGUAUCGCUCGCGUCUUCGAAAUCGAAUUUCGAGAUGUCUUUUGUCUUUAGCGUCACGCAAUUGUUUAUCUGUACGACACUGUACGUUAAUUGGACCAUUUUCGCAUAAUCGCACCUCGUCAGAUUUAUACACUUUCGCAUCUCGCGUUAAUAUCGUUGUAAUAUGUAUACCAUCGUAUAUCGCGGUUCUUUUCUUUUCUUUCUCGUAACUCUCCUUUAGCAUUAUUUUGAGUCGCGCUCAAAUUACGACUAUUACGACUUCUUAAAAUUGAAAAGCGUAUUUCUUUAUAUCAUCUCAAAUCUAUCCUCGUAAGGGAAAGAGUGUUGCGUGUCACCUAAUUCAUUUGAAGAAUAACCGCGGACGACAUUUUAUUUUACAAGUUUAAAAGUUUAUCACACGUACGCACGUGUUUAUACUUUAUUAGAAGCAGAUCUAGAGGCACCCUAGAGGAUGGUGGCUCGCUGUUUUUACUAAUCUCUACAAAUUAGUCACUAGUUUUCUCUAAUGAAAGAGAAUCUUACCGUCACGAAAUACUGACGAAAUGCUCGGCGGGCAUCGCUCGUAUUUCGUUCUCUUCCU